AUGCAUCCUCUAGAAACUCCCGAAACGUCACCGACUCCCUCGUCACCGCGGCCGUCGACCGACCUCGGCAAUCCGCCUCACGCAGCCUUCCUACACAAUUUGACCCAGCGACUGCGCAAAGGUUCCAAUGCAAGCUCGCAGAGUGGCGGUGCCGGUAGUGGCCACGAGGCUCCGGCACAACCGGCACCGUUACCCGACCCUGUAAAGAAGACGGAAAAGACAAGGGAAGUGAAAAAGUUGCUUGCGGCCAUGAUCCGGGACGACUGGGAAUACCCCAGUACUGCCGUGAAGGAGAACAACGGAAUACUGCCGUAUCGGGAACCGACGGGUUACAGGAUGCGCGAAGAGUGGGCGAGCGAUAUCGAAGCGGAGGAGAGGAAAGCGGCGUAUGCCAAUGCGCAUGGACAAGGACAAGGACACGGCAGCGCAAACGGAAAAGGGCAACAAAACAAGAACACCAGCAACAACAGCCCCUAUAGAUUCGAAACUCCAGAUGCAGUGGGCGACAUGAUUCUCGAGAGGAAGCGGAAACGGCGAAAACUCAUAGAGGAAGAAUUGAGGGUGAAUGAGGGUUUGAGAGUCUGGACGAACAGACGGGACGCAUGGACCGGGGCGGUCAAGCAGCGCCCUCGGGAGGCGGUCGCGAAGAGGAAGGAGAGUGGCCUCGACAGGCAGAGACCAGGUCACAUCUUUAGAAGGUCCAGUAGUAUGCUCUCGCAUUGUCAGAGCUACGAUCACGGACGCAACGGAACGUCGACAUCUACGUCUUCGAGUUCGCCAUUGAACCCUGGAUCAUCACCUACAAAGUCGAGUACGGUGAAUGGAGACGGUGCCGAUGCAAAUACAAGUAUCAAUGCAGGCGCAGGUAAAAGCACUGCAGUGAUCGAAGCAUCGUCAACGGACAGCGAGAAUGUCGUCGUUGUCGAUACCACCGCCCUAACAAGCACUAAUAACGGACCUCCUCUCCUCCACCACCGACAACAACGGUCAACACCGUCAGCAACAACAUCGGCAUCCUCAGAGACCACCACCAACGACACCUCGACGCUUGACGGCCCUUGGCUGCCGAUCUUCCCCCCGCUUCUCCCAUCUGACCACGACAUAUUGCGCGACCGCAUCGCUCCGAAGGCCUAUGCUACAAUCUACUCCAAGAUCGUGGUGCAAGGGCUUGCGCCCAACGUGCCGAUCCCGCUGGUGCACAUGAUCCCCGCGCUCGUCGAGGGCUGGAAGGCCGAAGGCAACUGGCCUCCGCAGCCGGCGACCGUCUUGGCCGUGGACGUCAAAAAGGGGCGCAGGUCGAGCGCGUUCGCCAAAUGGCGCAGGGACCACGCGGCCGCUCUCGACACGCGCGCCGCUGACGGCCAGAUGGCCCAGCACGAGCGCGACGACGGGAAGAGCAGAGUGAGGCGGAGCAUCAGUAUGAUGAAGCGCGUGCUCGGGGGGAGCGAUGCGCGCGGCGGCGCCGGUCUCGACGAGCUGGGCAUCGAGUUUCGCGAACACCAGGACGACCAUGACGAUCAGGAGGAGAUGGAGCAGAAUAUCACGCUUAACAAGGCUCUUGUUGGAUGA